AUGGCGAGAGGACCGAAAAAACACCUGAAGCGUGUCAAUGCACCGCAUCACUGGAUGGUUGAUAAACUCGGUGGAACUUACGCACCACGACCAUCACCGGGUCCACACAAAUUGCGUGAUUGUUUGCCGUUGAUUAUUUUCCUCCGGAAUCGUCUUAAAUAUGCACUUAAUAACCGUGAAACAAUUGCUAUUUUAAUGCAGCGGCUUGUCAAAGUUGAUGGCAAAGUGAGAACAGAUCAUACGUAUCCGGCAGGUUUUAUGGAUGUAAUUAGUAUUGAACGUACGGGUGAAAAUUUCCGUUUGGUUUAUGAUACAAAAGGUCGGUAUAUGAUCCAUCGUAUUACAUCAAUGGAAGCCACGUAUAAACUGUGCAAAAUCAAAAAAGUCCAGUUAGGGCCGAAAGCAAUACCAUAUGCUGUUACUCACGAUGGCCGGACUAUUGUAUGUAUUGAUCAAAUGCUUCUUAUAUUUCUGAUUUCAUUUUUACAGCGUUAUCCGAACCCAGACAUUCAUGCUAAUGACACCGUUAAAUUUGACUUAGUGUCAAAUAAAAUUGACGGGCAUAUUCCUUUUGAAGUUGGAAAGCUUGCUAUGGUGACAGGUGGUCGCUCUAAAGGAAGAGUUGGUCUAAUUAUUGAUCGUGAACACCACAAUGGUGGGUUUGACAUUGUUCAUAUCAAAGAUUCCUUGGAUCAUACUUUUGCAACACGUUUAAGUAAUGUAUUUGUGAUUGGUGAUAUUUCAGGACCUUGGAUUUCUUUGCCUAAAGGAAAGGGUCUUAAGCUGACAAUUUCAGAAGAAAGAGAUAGACGCCGAAACCUGCAAAAUGCAUAG